GCGGAAAUAAAUAGAUAGUUACAUGUUCUACUCUAUCGUCCGGGGUCCGCUUAAAUAAUUAAAAGCAAAGAUGUCGUCCGUUCAGUAUUUAAGACACUUUGUUAACGAGAGACUCACUGCUGCCGCUGAGGAAAUAUUUGGUGUGUUCGAAAGAACGAUCGUCGAGUACCAGGAGGAGCUUCAGCGUCAGCGUCGAAUGGUGGACACCCUCAGCACCCCCCAAAUAAAGUUGCACAGGAUAGAGGUCCAACAUGAGGAAAAUGAGCAGAUUUGUACUGAACAGAAGCUUUAUAAGCAAGAGGAGGACUCCUGUGUGGACCAAGAGCAACCAGAACCUCUGCUGGAUGUGCUCUCCAGGCACGAAAUGGAUUUAGAAAUACAACAAGUUGAUGAGGAACCGCAGCUUCUUGCUGACCAGCAGCUUUGUUGGCAGCAGCAAAAUUCCUUUGUCGACCAAGAGGAGCCAGAGCUUCAGCGGAUUAAAGAGGAACCCGGCACCAGUCACGAGAGAGAAGAACCGGAUACUUUUUUAUCCAUUCCUGUCAUUGACGACCGUUACAAGAGCGGGGUUGCCAUCCCGUACUCGAGUCCUGUUGAAAGUCCCUCAGAGGAUGCGAAUGUACACAAUGAGAUAAACAGAAAGUCUUUCAGAUGUGACUAUUGCGGAAAAGCGUUUGGUUUCAGGUGCAAGCUGAAAAGACACAUGAUGACCCACACCGGGGUGAAGCCCUACUCCUGCAAGACGUGCGGGAAGGGAUUUAACCAGACGUCCAACCUGAAGAGACAUUUAUUGAUCCACACGGACGAGAAGCCAUACGCCUGCAAAACGUGCGGAAAGCAAUUCAGGAACUCGCACGAAGUCAUCACGCAUGCCAGAACUCACACGGGCGAGAAGCCGUACCCUUGCAACACGUGCGGUAAGAGGUUCACUCAGCUGUCAAUCCUCAAGCGACACGUCAUGGUGCACACCGGGGAAAAGCCAUUUCUCUGCAACACGUGCGGCAGAAGUUUCGGCGACUUGUCGGUGCUGAAAAGGCACGUGAUGGUGCACACGGGAGAGAAGCCGUACGUGUGCGACAUCUGCGGGAGAAGGUUCCGUGCCAACAGCAACUUGAGCAUCCACAGGAGGAGGGUGCACGCGGCGAGGACUUCUCUUCAUACACCGGAAGUUCAACAAGGCCAAAUUACAUUAGCCGUCUCAUUUGUCAUUUCAUUGGCUAAACAACAGGUUUUGUAUGCCAUGUCGGUCACGCAGACGACCAUGUCUAAACUACAUCACUUGAGGACGUUUGUCAACGAGCGACUGACGGCCGCCGCUGAAGAAAUAUUUGGUGUUUUUGAGAAAACUAUCGUCGCCUACGAAGAAGAGAUGGACCGUCAACGCAGGCUUCUGGAGAUCGCCUGCAAACCCGCUGGUAUUUCACAGAGGACAGAGUCUCCAGAGGGAGGAUUGUGUACUCAGGAGAGCAUCGCCAGUGUGGAGCAGGAGCAGCAAGAGCCUUUGCACAUUAAAGUGGAACAAGAGGAGCAUUUCUCAAACUGUGCAGUCUGGCCGCUGGUUUUGAACUUUGACCAGAAUGAAUGCGAAGCGGACAAAGACACCACCGAUGCUACGGACAACGUAGACUUUGAUGCGUCGGAACCGAGCAGUGAUAAUCAAAUCGUCUUUCGUGGCUAUUAUCCAGAAAAUAACCCAGAUUACAUCAGCGAAAACAUGGCAUCUACAUCUGCAAGGAGCAUUAAAACGGAACAUCACGGGCAGGCGGACAGUUCAUUCAACCUGGAGAACACGUUGUCAGCCAUCAACCCUCAGGCCCGACUUUUUGACCAGCCUUUUCAUGGCAGUGGCUUCCACGCAGAGUCAGUCAUGUACGCACAAGCCAAGCCUUUCGUUUGCGACGUCUGCGGAAAGGGAUUUGGCUUCAAGCGUUAUCUGGCGCAGCACAUGAUCACCCACUCGGCGGAGAAGCCGUACGCUUGCAGCAAGUGUCGCAAGACCUUCCGGCGGAUGCAGGCGCUGCAGAUACACAUGCGGUGUCACACUGGCGAGAAGCCGUAUUUCUGCAAAACCUGCGGGAAGAGAUUCUGCCAGAGCUCGGCGCUCAGAGUUCAUCUCAGAGUCCACACGGGGGAGAAACCAUACUCCUGCAACACGUGUGGGACCGGAUUCAGUAGCCUGCCGGUGCUAAGAAACCACAUCAUGAGGGUUCACGAAGGCAACAUGCUGUACGUUGCCUCGUCUGGGGAGAGGAAUGCUGUUUUAUGGCCAAAUUAAAGUGAUGUGACUUGUGACCAGUUAGGAUUUUUCGAGAUUUUAUUUAUAGUAAUUUCCGUGUAUACCAGACCAAACCUUGCCCCAAAUAGUGACAAAAUGCGAGUGAUGUCCCCCAAAUUUUUAUAGUAGACUAUAUCAAUAGACCCUGUUAAGUAAAUUCAGUGAUUUGUUUUUAAAUAUAUUGUACAUGUUUGAAGAUAAUUGCUGAAAACAUGCAAAGACUGAGAAUUAUGUAAACUCAAAUUCCAAUGAAGUUGGGACAUUGUGUGAAACAUAAAUAAAAACAGAAUACAAUGAUUUGUAAAAACAAAAUAUUCAAACUGAUCAACUUUAUUGUUUUUAGCAAAUAAUCAUUAACUUAGAAUUUUAUGGCUGCAACAUGUUCCAAAAAGCUGGGACAGGGUCAUGUUUACCACUGUGUUACAUCACCUUUUCUUUUAACAACAUUCAAUAAACGUUUGGGAACUGAGGGCACUAAUUGUUGAAGCUUUGUUGGUGGAAUUCUUUCCCAUUCUUGCUUGAUGUACAGCUUCAGCUGUUCAACAGUCCGGGGUCUCCGUUGUCGUAUUUUAGGCUUCAUAACGCACCCCAUAUUUUCAAUGGGAGACAGGUCUGGACUGCAGGCAGGCCAGUCUAGUACCCGCACUCUUUUACUACAAAGCCACGCUGUUGUAACAGGUACAGAAUGUGGUUUGGCAUUGUCUUGCUGAAAUAAGCAGGGGUGACCGUGAAAAAGACAUUGCUUGGAUGGCAGCAUAUGUUUCUCCAAAACCUGUAUGUAACUUUCAGCAUUAAUGGUACCUUCACAGAUGUGUAAGUUACCCAUCCCAUUGGCACUAAGACAGCCCCAUACCAUCACAGAUGCUGGCUUUUGAACUUUGCGUCCAUAACAGUCCGGAUGGUUCUUUUCCUCUUUGGCCCAGAGGACACGACGUCCACAAUUUCCCAAAACAAUUUGAAAUGUGGACCCGUCGGACCACAGGACACUUUUCCACUUUGCAUCAGUCCAUCUUAGAUGUGCUCGGGCCCAGAGAAGCCGGUGGCGUUUCUGGGUGUUGUUGAUAAAUGGCUUUUGCUUUGCAUAGUAGAGUUUCAAGUUGCACUUACGGAUGAAGCGCCAAACUGUAUUUACUGACAUUGGUUUUCUGAAGUGUUCCUGAGCCCAUUUGGUGAUAUCCUUUACACAUUGAUGUAAUUUUUUGAUGCAGUGCCGCCUGAAGGAUCGAAGGUCACGGGCAUUCAAUGUUGGUUUUCCGCUUACAUGCAAUGAUUUCUCCAGAUUCUCUGAACCUUUUGAUGAUGAUAUGGACCCUAGAUGAUGAAAUCCCUAAAUUCCUUGCAGUUGUACAUUGAGGAACAUUGUCCUUAAACUGUUCGACUAUUUUCUCACGCACCUGUUCACAAAGAAGUGAACCCCGCCCCAUCUUUGCUUGUGAAUGACUGAGCAAUUCAGGGAAACUCAUUUUAUACCCAAUCAUGGCACCCACUUGUUCCCAAUUAGCCUGUUCACCUGUGGGAUGUUCCAAACAGAUGUUUGAUGAGCAUUCCUUUCUCAGUCUUUUUUGCCACCUGUCCCAGCUUUUUUGGAAUGUGUUGUAGCCAUAAAUUUCUACAUUAAUGAUUAUUUGCUAAAAAAAAAAUGUUUAUCAGUUUGAACAUUAAAUAUAUUGUCUUUGUUGUGGAUUCAAUUAAAUAUAGGUUGAACAUGAUUUGCAAAUCAUUGUAUUCUAUUUUUAUUUAUGUUGAACACAAACUCCCAACUUCACUGGAAUUGGGGUUGUAUUGCACAAUUGUGGAGCUCUAGGGUUAAACAGCUUUUUACCAUUUCAGUUGUCCUUAUUUUUUGGGUGUAACUUAAACACAGCCCAGUGAUGCACUUGGGAUCCAGCAUGAGUCGCCCCUCCCCCACUAAAUAAGAACUUAAGCACCUUCGUUUGCAUCAGCGGUUAUCCGGAGCAGUUGUGAUGUGCAGUUAGCUAGCUAGCUAUGCCUACACCCCGUAAAUGCAUCUUCCCUUCAGAUAGUACACUGACGUGGCUUUGUCAGCCUUGAAUGCGCGCACAUCACGGAGAGAAAGGCUGCAGGGGAAGGGGAGAAAAUGCCAGUUUUGAUAGCCAGCGUGUGGACCAGCGCUUCGAUUUGGGCCUCCUCUAAGACCAAUUCAUACGUCUGCGUGCAGUCUGCGAACUGCUGCUCCACAUGUGGUCCCAGUCAUACUACAUUUCAGGGUUCAUGGUGUGUGCAUGAAUAAUCCAAAUGCCGGCCGGCCGGCCCUAUAAAAGCAAAAAGAAACUGCUCCUGUUUGUUGUAAUGUUUGGGAUAGUUCACAUCAGCAGUUUUGAGUCAUCAAGCUAUCCUUGUAAGCAUUUAGUAUAAAAAUGAGGAGAACGGUAGAUCUCUUAAAACAAGCACAAGGAGAAGCAGGUGCCAUUGUUAUUCUUAGUUGAUCUGGCGCAUGCGUGGUCAGCGUGCUUUAAAUUCAGUCCGUGCGGUCACAAAAAUUGGGCUGGUGUCUUCGCGGACAAGGGGGUGGGUGACAGUAUUUACGUCACAUGGAGCAACGCGCUCCCUGUGGACACACAGACGAGCAAAGUUUGAAUUGGCCUUUAGUGCGCCUUGUUGUCAGCUGUAAGUUUGCGCAAGACAUGGAGCGAGAUGUGGAAGAGCGAGGAGGGGGAAAAUGAAAAAAGUCCGACGUGGACCAAGACUUUGCGUGGGCAUGAACACCCCAGACGACGACCCCGAUGGGAUAUAUUUUUGCGGCUCAAACAUGUAGGGAAGUGUCGGCAUUCGAAAGUUGUUAUACAAAGUAGCAUCCAUUUUUCAGUGGGGUAUGGUCAUCAUUUAAAAAAAAAAAAAAGACAAUUACUUGAUAUUUCACGAUUUUGAAACCUCAUUUUAUAUACUUGCCGGUUUUUUGUUUGUUUGUUUUAUUUAUUUAUUUUUUCCAUUCAUUCCAAUUUGGCAGGGUUUUCUGGUGUUACCAUAGCAAGUCACUCAUAUGGUAGCACCAGCAUGUACCCACUACACUAUCUGUGCAUAAAUAUACUGCAAGGUCUGACCUCAAAACUGUUAUUUUAAAUUCAUCUCACAACAUUACCCUUGAAAAAAAAUGGCUCACAGGUUAAAAAAAUGCACCCCAAUGCACAUGAGGUGAAGACUCUUCAUAACAACCCUGGCUUAACUAAGCGCCACCCCAACAUACUAAGCUGGUCUCUCAGUCAAGAUGUAUCACUUCAACAUACUUCCUUGGACCAUUUACUGUAGUACUUUUCUAUUUAGACAGGGCUUUGGUGGCAUCUUGUAGCAUCUUUCAGAAAGAGCACAAAACCUGCGAAUAGCUGAGGUUAGCUUCCACAGAAAAAAACUAAACGUGAUGAGGCAAAUCCGCUAUAUGCAGAACGGCACGUGAACAAACCCGGAAAACAGGUUAGCAGGCUUCCUGUGCAUGCUGCGCUAACGAGCAAGACUUCAAAACAUGUUGACGAUGUUGUUUUGAAGAUUAACUUGCCGCCCCCCCUAAAAAAAAAUACAUCCUCUAAAGUGAAAUACAUGUAUAUAAUUUAUUUAUACAAAUAUAAUAUUGUGUAUGUAAACACAAGCCGAGCCUAAACAUUGAAUAUUGUUAUCUUUGGUAGCUCUGUGGUGACAUCAUGUGUUAAAAAAAAAGACAUUGUCGACAUAAACAUUUCCUACUGGUGCUAUGUCACGUUGCCAUUCACCCGAGCGAGGAGGAAGGUAGUAGGUUGCGCAUAUACUGGAUACCUGACUAGUGAACUGCGGAUAUGCAGGUGAUUACUCGAAGUGAUUUUCUGAGGCAUUUUCGGACCUCCAAUCAAGUGCAGUAUUCCGCAAGUACUGUAUGUAUUGUAUUACAUAUUUAUUUUUAGGGCAGCAUGGUGGGGUUAUGCUCAGCAAGUCUGCCUCACAGUCGAGAGGUUCUGGGUUCAAAUCUCUGUCCUGGUCUUCUUGUAUGGAGUUUGCAUGUUCUGUCUUUUUUUUU